UCGUGAACGAUCUUGCAGCUCUUGACAACGUGACAACCCAGCAAUACCACGACAUAUUCCAACAUGCAAGACGACAGUACGGAUUCGGCCGAGCAAGCCUUUGUCGCAUACUUUACCACGGUCAUCGGUCGACCCGUUACCUUUGAGAGCUUGCGGAAUGGACGGAUCAUCGCCGAGGCACUGAAUCAUGAAGAGCCUGAACACUUCCCACCUCCUAUCGACGAAUCCGAGCUAGCCGAACCAGCGGCUCGACAACGCUAUCUCAAGCGAAUCUACCACGACCUCCUCACCUGUCCCUCUUGCUCGCUCGCUGCGUACCUUCCUCCCCCAGAUGUCUCCAUCAUCGCCAGCUCAUCCUCAGCAGGCUCGACCUCGUCCACACAAUCAUCAUGGCAGGCAGAGCUGCUGGGUCUGUGCAAGGUCGUACUCCUGGUCCAAGCCGUAUGGAGCAAGAAGAAUGCCGGUGUAAUCGGGGUCAUCACCGAGCUAGGAGUGGACGAUCAGAGGGUGUUGAAGGAGAUCAUCGAGUCGGCUCUGACGAGUAUGGCCUUGUCGGAGGAAUCGGAAGCCAAGGAUGAAGUCGAUAUACAGGCGGAAAUGUUGUAUAACUUGCAGAUGGAACGCAGAGAGAGGAGUUCGGAGAGGGAAGAAUUGGUCAAGCAGGUGGAGGACUUGCGAAUUCAGGCAGAAGAGCAAGCUACUGCGGCUGCGUCUGGUUCGAAACCAAAGAUCACAAUAGGCACCCCAGCUCGAGCGAGACUAGGCGUCAAUGGAUCGCGGAUGUCCACCCCGGCUCGCGGUUCCGACGACGGCGAUGACACAGACCCGAACCCCUCUUCAUCUCCUUCCGAUCUUCCCGUCACGCCUAUCCGGAAAAAGCCUCUGGGUGGGAAAUCGUCGGCAGACACGCCUGCUAGCCCGAUGGAGAGGAUGAAGAACCUCGAAAUCGAACGAUUGAAGCAGGAAUCCAAUGAGCGGGCGGACGAGGUAGCGCGGCUCGAAGAGGUGGUCGCACAAGGUCAAAGGACGAUCGCACAGCACGUUCAGAGGAUCGCAAUACUGGAGAAAGAAACGCAUGAUAUGGAUUCCUUGCGUGACGAGAUUGAAGUCCAGAAGCACGCUUCGGAUAACCUCAAGAAGAGCGAGGCGACCUUGGAAAAGAUGAAGAAGCGGUUGGAAGAAGUUCCGGAUCUACGAGAUCGAAUACAGACGCUAGAGGCGCAGAACAACGAGUUGACAGAGACGAACGCGUUGUUGGAGGACAACUACAAGGAGCUAAGCAGUUCUUCCAGAGGGGUCAGGGUCGGGCCGGUCGACUCGACUGGGAACGACAACGAGCUGGAUGAAUUACAUUCCGGACCUUCUGAUCGAUCGAAAUCCGAGCUGGAAGAUCAGCAGCUCAGAUGGGAUCUACGGCAACGCGAGGACGAGAUCGAGGAGCUUCGGCAGAGGGUGCAGGAGCUGGAGCAUGACCUGGGUGCACGCGCGCCGGUACCGGGUGGAACGUUGGGCGAUGUCGAGGGGCUGAAGGGCGACGUGUCGUUGGAUGAUUCCGAGGUAAACGUCGCGGCAAUAUCCCUCGACCAGAAUGGAUCCCUGCACGCGGACGACGGCUUGACGGAUCAACAGUUGACGCAACUCCUUCGGGUCAAGGAGGACAACGUCCUGCUCAGGGAACAGGUCAAGGCGCUGGACCAAAAGCUGAUGGCCGCCAAGGACUUGCUCAAGGAGCAAGAGGAGAGACAUGGCGGGACGGCGGCGGGUUCCGUUCCGGCAGAUGGCAAGCGGAUACAAGAGCUGGAAAAGACCAUCGACAGGCUUAAACAACAACAGAGCGAAGCCGACGAGCGGUUCCAUCUGGAGCGGAUCAUCGCGCUGAAGUCGUGGAAGGACUUGGGGCGUAGGGCGGCUAGACCGACGAGAGAUCGUACUGUGGCAACAACGUGAUGAAAGAGAGAAUUAACCAUAUAGUGGUGACGUUGUCGACGUGGUUGUACGAUGCAUAUUCUAAAGCCGACGUGUCGGUAUUGUGGGCUAGAGGAAGCGCAGUACCCCGGUUGACAAGGAGGGACUCGAUCCGAAAAUAUGAGCCAGGCCGUGUAAGAAGCGCGCGCAGCGCGCCA